AUGGACGCCGUCGCCGCCCACAGCUGCCACCUCCUCCAGCAGCUGCAGGAGCAGCGGAUCCAGGGCCUGCUGUGUGACUGCAUGCUGGUGGUGCGAGGCGUCUGCUUCAAGGCGCACAAGAACGUCCUCGCAGCCUUCAGCCAGUACUUCAGGGGCCUCUUUCAGAACUCCUCGGGCCAGAAGAGCGAUGUGUUCCACCUGGACCUCAAGAAUGUGAGCGGCAUUGGCCACAUCCUGGACUUCAUGUACACCUCCCGCCUGGACCUCACCGCGGACAACGUCCAGGUCAUGCUGGACAUCGCGCAGUGCUUGCAGGUGCAGAACGUCCUGACUCUCUGUCACAGGUUCCUGAGGGCCACCUCCACGGAGGCCGGCUGUGCCAGCAGCGAGGCGCACCCCGCCCCACACCUGCCCGAGAGCCCCUGGGAUGCUCGGCCCAGGAAGGCCCCCGAGGAGCCCCCCGGGAAGACCCUCGAUCCUUUAGACGGCAGUCUCCCGGCGCUGCCUCUCAGGCAGCCCAAUUACCAUCAUAAGCUGAGGAACUUCUACAGUAAGCAGUACCACCGGCAGGCCGCCUGCCCCACUCCCAAACACCCUGCAGAGCCCCCCUCCACUCCCAGCGCCCCUGAACACCCCCCGAGCACUGCUAGUCACCCCGAGUGCGUCCUGGAAGCCCCAGAGCAGCUGCCCUCCAACUUCCUAGCCCAGCCUCUGAGCGAGUCCACCCCCGAGCCUGACCGCGAGGGCCCGCAGCCGACCAGGCCCAUGAGGCUCAAGAAGGCUGUCCACCUGAGGAGACUGAACCUCCUCCGGUCACAGAAACCUGCAGAGCAGACGUCCGAGCCCGGUGCCCGCGACGGCGGAGCGGGGCGCAUGGGGCCUGCCAGCCCAGGAGACGCGGUAGAGCAGACUGACAGCCACAGGUCCCAGGGACGGGAGAGUGAGGAGCCCACCAGCCUGGAGAGUCUCAGGUGCGUGAGUGAAACGGAGAGGCCUGAAGACCCCACUGCUGCUGCGUGCGAAGACCCAUCGCAGGCCCUGCAGCCGCAGAGACAGUACGCCUGUGAGCUGUGUGGCAAGCCCUUCAAACACCCCAGCAAUCUGGAGCUGCACCGACGGUCUCACACAGGUGAGAAACCUUUUGAGUGUAACAUUUGUGGGAAACAUUUCUCUCAGGCAGGGAACCUGCAGACCCACCUGCGCCGCCACUCUGGGGAGAAGCCCUACAUCUGCGAGAUCUGUGGGAAGAGGUUCGCCGCCUCUGGGGACGUCCAGCGUCACAUCAUCAUCCACUCGGGAGAGAAGCCCCACCUGUGUGACAUCUGCGGCCGAGGGUUCAGUAACUUCAGCAACCUUAAGGAGCACAAGAAGACGCACACGGCCGACAAGGUGUUCACCUGCGAUGAGUGCGGCAAGUCCUUCAACAUGCAGAGGAAGCUGGUCAAGCACCGCGUCCGCCACACGGGCGAGCGGCCCUACAGCUGCGCGGCCUGCGGCAGGAGUUUCGGGGGCUCGGGGGACCUGCGGCGACACGUGCGUGCACACACGGGCGAGAAGCCGUACAGCUGCGAGGUCUGCGGCAAGUGCUUCACACGCUCGGCUGUGCUGCGGCGACACUGCAGGACACACGGCCGGGCCGACGCCGAUGACACAACCGAGGCCCUUGAGCUGGAGGCCGCUGCCCCAGGCCCACCCAGCAAAGCCCCCGGCGCCCCUAACCCCCGAGCCCCUGCCAAUGACUCAGUAGGUGCCCUCGACGGCCCUUCCACUGGCCCCUUUGAGAAGCUGCGGGCCCCCACCCAGCCUCCCGCCGGCGACCAGGACAAGCUGGUCUUGGCCCCCGUUAAGCUCCCCAAGCCCCCCACGCAGCCGUCCACACACCCAGCAUACGCCUAUGCUGACGCAGAGGCCUCUGAGGACAGUAUGUCCAUCAUCCGCUCAUCCCUGGCCGCCUUGGACCAUCCCAGCGGGGACACGCCGGGCAGCCGGGCUGUGCCCACGGCCUACAGGACCUCGGAGGGCCAGUUCUUCUCUAGCAUGACACUCUGGGGGCUGGCCAUGAAGACACUGCAGAAUGAAAACGAGCUGGACCAGUGA